GGCAGACUGACUCUCUCAGCUCCUCAGGAAAAUUUGUCCCUCAGAUCAGGAAGUAGAAAUCUGGUUUGAUCCGUGAGCGUCUACGAAAACUGAUCCAAACCGAAAGCAUCUGAGGAGGCCCGUUUUAUUCCGCGUUGUGACUGGAUAUAUCAUCUAUUCAAGUGUGUGACACGCAAAUGGAUGGACGUCUCACAAUCUGUUCCUCAAGGGACAUUUCACAUAUCUUCAAACACUGAUGACGUCCUUCAAAUGGCACGGCAACUUUUAGCCUGAAAAAUGUCGUCGUACUGGAACGUUAUAGCAACUGCAGAUCCAGGCGGCAUUGUCAGCAGCAUGGAGGAGCAAGCUGGCGUUCCGGAGAUGGGAGCCAAGCAGUCGGCGGUUGGCAACCUUCCCUUGAGUCAGUCGCCCACUCUGAAGAACAUCCAGGAGGCCUAUAUGGAUGGCGAGGACCAGAGGGCACGCGAGCUAAUCCGUCUCUCCUGCGAGAAUAACAGUGGAGGGGGACCAGAUGGGCUGGAGCUACUGUGUUUGGCUGCUCAGAACGGUGACGUGGACGGCGUUCGGUUCUUGCUGCAGGACGCACGGGUUGUGGUUCCACAGGAGCCCAGCGAACGUAACCCUGCCGUCUUAGCGGCACAUCACGGACAUCAGGUGUUGGUCCGAGAGCUGCUGGACUCCAUACCACGUCCGUGUGUCCGUAAGGAUCUGCUGAAGUGGAUGUUGGCUACGGCGUGCCAGGAGGGUCAUUUAGAGGUGGUGAAGCUGCUGGUUUAUACGUACAAUGCUGAUGCCGAGGACUGCGCAGUGAAUUCAGGAGAUUUUGCCAUGAUCACUGGUUUGCCCCUGUACGCUGCGGCGCAGGCAGGAAAUACAGAGGUUGCAUGUUUUCUGCUGCAGAAUGGAGCCGGUUUCUCCUCGUACACCCUGAUGGAUCAUGCAGACUUCAGCAAGCAGCUGCUCAGACAGCGCCUCCUGCAGGACAAAGACACGCCUGCGGAUGGGAGACUGCUGCAGGCUGUACAAGUUGAGUGGUCAGGACUGAAGCUACCCUGGCUGGAUCUGGACUGGUUCAUGGACGUAUCGUCUCGGAUCACAGUUCUGGAUCUGUCUCAUAACUGUCUGUGCUCGCUGCCGUCUGUGGUGCCCUGGGGUCUGAUACACCUGCGCUCGCUCAAUCUCUCCCACAAUCAGCUCAGAGAGCUUCCCACCCCAGCGUCAUCGCAGGAGAUCAUCUGCAGCAGAUUAUCUCAUGUGAAUUUCUGUGACAAUGAGUUGGAGUGUCUCCCUGUCGGCCUGCUUCAUCUCGGCCAGUUGAAAUGGAUUUCUGCAGCCAAGAAUAAACUCACCAGCCUCUUCAACAUCCCUAAUGGCACUAACUGGAUCGGCCUGCGUAAGCUGCAGGAGCUGGACGUGUCCGAUAACAGCCUGACGGAUCUUCCCUCCUCCAUACUGCACUGUCUGAAGGCCCUCAGCUGUCUCAAUGUCAGCAGAAACAAACUCACCAGCUUCCCGGAUCCCUGGGCCUGUCCUCUGAAAAUCUGCAAAGCUUCAAACAACCAGAUCGAGGUUCUUCCCGACACCAUCUCCAUCUUCUGGAAGACUCAUCUGAGGGAGGUGGACUUCUCUGAGAACGUCCUGAAGGAGCUGCCCUCCUACAUAUUUGAGCUGGAGGCCAUUGUGUCUCUGAAGUUGUGUGGGAACCAAAUCUCUACUCUGCCCAUUCCCAACAAAUGGAAAUGCUCUUGUCUCCGAACACUAGACCUGUCCAGAAACCAGCUGGGGAAGACUGGAGAGCCGACCAAAACCAGGAAACUGGCCUUCUUCACUACGUGGCAGAGACGGGACCCAGAGCCAGUGUGUCCCAUUCAGUUUCCUGCAAUCUUGCGGGAUUCUCUGGAAGUUCUUUUCCUGAAUGACAACCAGCUGGAGUGUGUGCCGCCGUCAGUAUGUGCCCUCAAGAACCUCUCUGAACUCUAUCUUUCCAAUAAUCCAGGUAUCCAGGAACUUCCUAUUGAGCUCGGGCAGCUCUCCAACCUCUGGCAGCUGGACAUCGAAGACAUGAACAUCACCAACGUCCCUGCAGACGUCAGGAAAGAUGGUCCUGCUGCGGUUCUGGCGUACCUGCGUGCGGAGCUGCGAGGAGCAGAGCCCUGCAGACUGCUGAAGCUGAUGGUGGUCGGUCCGCCCCGGCAGGGUAAGAGUGCUCUGCUGGAGGGGCUGCAGACGGGCAAAGCCUCUGCCUUCCUCAACACUGACUGCAGCAUCCACACAUCCAGCUGGGAUCUGGAGCGGCCUGUAGGAGUAGUGAAAACUUCUGUUGACUUGGUGUCCUUCAACGUGUGGGACAUUGGCGGCCCAGCCAGAAUGUCGACGGUAAACCAGUGUUUCUUCACGGAUAAGGCUUUGUAUAUGGUGAUCUGGAAUCUGGCUUUGGGAGAGGAAGCCGUGGCCAACCUGCAGUCCUGGCUGCUCAACAUCGAGGCUCGCGCCCCUAACUCUGCUGUCAUUGUCGUUGGCACGCAUUUGGACCUCAUUGACACUAAGUUUCGUACCGAGCGUGUCGCCACGCUCAGGGCGUAUAUCCUGGCACUUUGCAGAACCCCGUCGGGCGCACGGGCCAGCGGCUACCCCGACAUAACGUGGAAACACUUACAUGAGGUGUCGUGUAAGACACUAGAAGGCAUGGACGUACUCAAGAGGCUGUUGUUCCAGGUCACUUGCUCUAUGAAGGACAUCAGCAACCCUGCUAGCUGUCACAAACUGGUGGGACGACUGAUCCCCAAAAGUUACCUAAACUUGCAGGAGGCCAUAAAGGCAGAACGUCUGAGGAGAGACGAAGCUGAUGAGGUUCAGUACCUGACGGACACAGAACUGGAGCAGAUCAUUGAUCAGAGUCCUGCUGGUGAUAUCAAAGACUAUGAGGAUCUGCAGACAGCGAUCAAUUUCCUUAUCGAGACCGGCACCAUACUGCAUUUCUCUGACACGAGUCACGGCCUGUGUAAACUGUACUUCCUGGAUGCCGUGUGGCUGUCCGAGUGUUUGGAACGCAUCGUCAACCUGAGGGACUCGCGCUCCGUGGCCUGCAAUGGAGUCAUCAAGGCGGAGGACCUCCGCAUGCUGCUGGUAGGAACCGGAUUCACCCAACAAACGGAAGAACAGUACUUCCAGUUCCUGGCCAAGUUUGAGAUUGCUCUACCAGUGGCCAGCAACAGUUAUCUGCUGCCACACCUUUUGCCACCCAAACCUGCUCUGGACAUCCACGGCUUUCGGCACCAGAGCAACAACAACAUCCAGCGGCAUUUUAAGAUGAGCUUCGUACCUGCAGGAUUUUGGGAGCGCUUUAUAGCCAGAAUGCUAAUCAGUUUAAACCAGAUGGACAUACAGUGUUUGUUGAAUCCUCACCAAAAUUCGUUCAGGUCAGACAAAGACAAAACCUCACACAUUCAAUUACUGGAUUUUAUACUCCAGAAAAGCCUUAAUUUUGCUGGCGAAGACACCAAACAGGAAGCAUUCGAGACCAAAAAGAACACGAAAAACCAGAGGAACCGCAGUACUGUGAUCUACAGCUUUGCAGGGAACCAGCAGCGCAAUCGCUGCAGCACGUUUCGCGUCCGUCGCAGUCAGACCAUCUACUGGAAGGAAGGGCUGCUGGUCACCUUUGAUGGUGGAUAUCUGAGCGUAGAGUCAUCUGACCUAAACUGGAAGAAAAAGAAAAGCGGAGGCAUCAAGAUUAUCUGCCAGUCGGAGACGAGGGACUUCUCCGCCAUGGCUUUCAUCACGGAUCAUGUUAACUCUCUCAUAGAGCAGUGGUUUCCUGCGCUGACAGCCAGCGAGAGUGACGGCUCUCGUCUCAUCGAGCAGUACGCUCCCUGUCCGCACUGCAGCUCCGUACCCAGAAUGUCCGACCCGCUGCCUCUGUCCGGCUCCAAUAGCAGCACCGUCCACUACUUCAACAUGGAGGACUGUGUCCUGGCAGCCGUGGACAAGGAGUACAUCACCUGCCCAAACCAUCCCAAACAGCCCGUGCCGCUACAGGAGCUGGUGCCGGAGCUCUUCAUGACCGACUUCCCUUCACGGUUGUUCCUGUUGAAGAGUGAUCUGCAGUGGAGUGAAGAGGAAGCAGAUAUCCUGGGUCAGGGUGGCAGUGGCACCAUCAUCUACAGAGCUAAAUACAGAGGCCAUCCGGUGGCUAUUAAACGCUUCCACUUCAAGAAAUGCAAGCAGCAGUCGCUCAACAGCAGCACAGACACCAUGGUUAAGCACCUGCAGUCCAUGGACGCUGCCCGAAGCUUCUCCGAGUUUCGUCAGGAGGCCGGUAUGCUCCACUCUCUGCAGCACCCGUGUGUCGUGGCUCUGGUGGGCAUCAGCAUACACCCGCUGUGCUUCGCCCUGGAGCUGGCGCCGCUCGGCAGCCUCAACACCAUCCUGGAAGAGAAAGCCAAAGGUUCUCUCUACAUGCCGCUGGGUCACAUGCUCACCUUCAAAGUGGCCUAUCAGAUCGUGACAGGCCUGGCGUAUCUUCACAAGAAGAACAUUAUCUUCUGUGACCUCAAGUCUGACAACAUCCUGGUGUGGUCUCUGGACGCAGAGGACUCUGUAAACAUCAAGCUGUCUGACUACGGCAUCUCCCGGCAGUCCUUUCACGAGGGAGCUUUAGGGGUCGAGGGCACGCCCGGGUAUCAGGCUCCGGAGAUUCGGCCUGGCAUCGUCUAUGAUGAGAAGGUGGAUAUGUUCUCGUACGGCAUGGUUCUGUAUGAGCUGUUGUCCGGCCGCAGACCAUGCAUGGGUCAACACCAACUACAGAUCGCUAAGAAACUAUCUAAAGGACUCAGACCAGCGCUGGGCGCCCCAGAGGAGGUGCAGUUUCACUAUCUGCAGGCGCUGAUGCAGGAGUGCUGGGACACCAAACCAGAGAAGCGUCCCCUGGCCACUCUUCUUAUGAGACAGAUGCAGGAUCCCAGUUUUGCUUGUCUCAGGUACCUGCUGUCCUGCCAGGAACACAGUCAGCUCUUCUUAUCGCCGCUGCAGGGCCACAACGCCGUAUUCUGGGAUGGAGACAAAGACGACAGGAACUACACCGUUGUAAACUUGGCCAAGGGGCAGGUGGAGGUAAAACGGAUGUCGUGCCCGGGAACACGUCUGAGCUGCCAAAUAAAGAUGGAGAACACCCUGUGGACCGCCACUGAGGAACAGGAAGUCUUUAUCUACAGCCUGAAAGAGAUGUGUCCCUUGAGUCACCCGCAGAAAGUGCUCUCCUGUCCGGCCGUGGUAACCUGUCUCUUUUUAAUGCCUGCCAGGAAAGAGUCUCUCCCGCAGGUGUUUGCAGGCAUGUCUGAUGGUCUCAUAGCGGUUUAUUCUCUGGUGGACGACAUGCCCGUGGAAGGAGAGACCUACAUCUGCUCGCACACGAUCAACAAGCAUCUGCUGAGGAUGGACGACUUGGACCCUCGGCAGCGGCCGUACCCGGUGCGAAGCAUCGUGCCCGUGCGCACCGGAUCGGAGGUGUGGUACACCAACGGCCCUGGUGUGCUCGUCAUCGACAGCCUCACGCUUCAACCCAUCUGCCGCCUCGACCCGUAUCUACCGCCGUCCUGCGUGGUGUCCAUGGCAUCGUCCGCCAGCUGCUGGGGUGACGAGGCCGUCUGGUGUCUGGACAAUCACACCAACACGCUCCUGAUGUAUCACGCCGCAAGCUAUCAGAUCUGCGCCACAUACAACUGUAGCGAUGCCAAUCCACUGCGUGACGUUUUCCCUGUGGAAAGGCCGGCGGGGAUCGUGACGCCCGUGAGUCCUGACAUAGAUGUAGAGUCUCUUCCGCUCAACCUGGAACUAGUGCAGAUAACGGUUACGCACAGCGAGAAUGCAGGAACGCAGAUCUUGUGCCAGCAGGACUCGCUGGAUUACUGCUCCAUGACAUCUUCCGGGUUCAGCUCGGAGCAGCUGGAUCAGAUCGGGGAUAUGGAGCCAGGCAGCUUGUCGGGUCUUCCUCACAUCGAGCGCUCUAGUUCGGGACCCCUUAGCUCUUUGACUAGCUCCAGCAGUAUGCCUUUUUCCGUUGCCGUUUCACCGGAUUCAGUGCCAUCCAGGAGCGCAACAGAUCCAGAACUAGCGGAUCAAAGCUACACACCACUGGAGCUGAAGGCCUUAAAUGUCAUUCCUGUCAACAGCACCAUCUGGGUUCCCAGGCGUGGAGGAGACAUCAUGGUUAUCGAGGUCCAAGAGCAGGCGGGGUCGCUGAGGGGUCGUGUGAUAGCCGUGUUGACGCCACCUGGAGUGCCAGAGUACGGGACUCUCAUGGAGGCGGCGCUCGUCGCAAAGGACACCGUUGUGUGCGGCUUCCGUAAAGAAAACAUGGACUGGUGCCUGGCUGUCUGGCGGAGCUGGGGAGCCCGCGAACUGGAGCUCUUCUACCAGGGAUACGAGGAGCUCGGCCGCUUGGAGAGCAGUUUAAGGAAAAGGAGGUAGCUGUGUAAACGUGUGCGCGUGUGUGUGAUGGAGAAUCGACGUACUGUGCGGCCAAUAACGACACACACACACCGAUACAGGUGUGUGUCGUGGGUAAGGGACACACACACACGGACUGUUGCUUUAGGAAAUAUAAUCCUGCAGGACUCAGCCACAUACACAUUUUAUAUAUGUAUAUAUAAAGACAAACAGAUUGAAUGCCACACACACUAAAUGCAUCAACAUAUACAUUCAGCCCUGAGCGUCUGGAAGCACUCUGAUAUAUGAGUACAUUUACAGUCAUGUACCCAGAAUGCAUCAGAAUUAAACUACGGGGUUCUUGCAUUCAUGAACUUGGUGUGUGUGUGUCUGUGUUUAAAUGCCAAGACAGAAUGAUGCUGGCUAUCAAACUUAAUCAACUUCCUCUCAAGUUAACCAGCAAACUUGAUGUGCCUUUGGAUGAAGAACCUGCUGUCUCAGAAGUGAUCAGCAAUAAGAACCAAUGAACUGACAGACCGCUGAAACCCCGCCCACUCAGUGAGGUCAUAAUAGAGUGCAACAGUGCCCGCCCACUUUUUCGGCAACCUUGGUUUCGGACGUGAAGAUUUCCCAUUUAAAGGUGCAAUAUGUAAGAUUUUUGCAGUAAGAUAUCCAAAAACCACUAGGCCAGUGUUAUAUAUUUUGUUCACUUGAGUACUUACAAUAUCCCAAAUGUUUCCAACUAUCGUGAGAAAAUUGCAAUUUUAACCAAGGCUCCGGGACGUGUGAGGAGUCGCCUGUCAAUUGCGUCAUACCCGCGUUACCCUCGGUUUAUUUUGUAGAAACCAUGGAAACACCAAAGACACUUUAAUAUAUUACAUGUUUUAAUAGACAAGGGAACAACUGUUUGGUUACGUUUAUAGACAGAAAACUAAUUGUUGUUAUAUAGCUCAACACGUUUAGUCUUAUUGUUUAAAUCUAAUUUUCUUGAUAUUUUGUGAGUACCAUGCUUUACCAUGCCUCAGAGAAAAACACUAUUUUGUCAAGUAGCUAACAUAGCAUAAUCAGAUGCAGUUUUAUUUUUAGUAACAGUAAUACAGAAUUUUCUCCAUCAUACAAUACAUUUUAAAAUGAAUAGCAUGCCAUUUAUCAACACAAGCCAUCCAGAAUUUAAUAUGAUAUUCUAAAAUCGAUCUAUCUUACUGCAGUGUGCAACAGUGUCUCACAGCAGCCGCCGAGCGAACGCACAAAGUAACAUUAUAACAUAAUUUUCAACACUCUCAAAUGUAUCUAAUAUGAUAAACAGAGCUGUGUCACCUCAUACGCUUAACCGGUAAAGCGGAAGCAGCGCCGGCGACUGUGUCAUAAUAAAAGUUCCGCUGCUCGUGAAAAGUGUUGCGCAAUUGCUCCAGCGGCCUCGUUCAGCUCCCACAACACUCGGUCCUGCUCUGCUUCAUACUACAGUAACGUUAAUAAUCGCAUCCAUGAACAUGAUUUCUUCCCGAGUCCUAUCCCGAUUAUUUCCACCGGCUGUGAUGUGAAGACCACAUGUCCCAAGAUUCCACGCUCAAACUUGGCGUCAUCAAGCUACGCCUUUGUUUUGAAUAGGCCUCUAGCGACCUCUAGCGGACAGAAAAUAUUACAUAUUGCACCUUUAACAACCUCAUAGAUCACAGUAGGUAAGAUAAGUUAGUGUUAAAAAUCAGCUCCCCUAUGCAGAAAACGAAUGGGAUUUUUUCACUUCUGCAAAUGGUUGCACUCUAUAGGGCACGGUUUAAUGUUUACUGUGAAUCUCAGCGGUUAUGAACGGAAUGGAAUACUAGCAUACUGAGUACUUAGAGCAGUAGUAUACAAGGUGUCACAUGACCUCAUCGCUUUGCAUGUUCAAUUCAUUGAGUGACAUCUGUCAAUCUUUGAAAAAUAUGGCUGUUUUACAUUUUCAAUCCAUUUUUGUUUAGAAUAUCGUAAAAUUUGGCAGUAUAAUCAAAUAAUGAGGCAAUGUGAUGUUAAAAAGUAACACUGGAAAUGGAAGGUCAAGUUGAACACGUUGUAUUAUGGGAUGUGGUGUUCCACGCAGUGUAGUGUACAUACAGUAGUCAACAUUUGAAGUGAAUCAAAAAAGGUCAUCAAAGUUGUCCUAAGCACUAAGUUGUCCCAAGAAGAAGGUUUUAGGACAACUUUGAUGAAAGGUUUUGACCCAAAUGUUGUACACAUACUAUAUGCACUGCAGAAGUAGUAUGCUAGUAUGCAUUACUGAACACAGGCAGAGAGUGAUGGCAAUCUCUGAUUUAUAAGGAAUUCUGAGAGGUUUUGAUCGGUUUUGUGUGUUGAGAACACCAGCAUGUGGACAGUUUGUUAUUGUAAAUAAUAUCUGAGCAUUUCAUCUCUAUAGAAUGAAUGGUAUUUAUUGUAGAAUGUUUAAAUCUCAUGCUGCAUGUGUAAAAAGUUGUUACUGAACUGUAAAUAUGCUGAACAGAAUAUGAUGAAUAAAUCAAUAGCAUUUUAUAUUUAA